GUGUUCAUUGAUCGUCGCAGCUCGCGGUUUCACGGCCUUCGCGGGAGCGAUUGAGGUUAUGUGCCGAGAGAUGUGACUUACGCGUACGAGACGAAUUCACGGACGGACGGCGCGCGAGGCGGCGUCCGAGAUGAAUGAGGGACAACGAUGUGCACGACGUUCUAGCUGCGCGACUCUUUUCGGCGCAACAGAAGAGGAUACUUCGGACGCGGCUCUAUCCUCUCUCGUAGCUCGCGAUUUUGACGCCUCGGCUGAUCUCACAUAAUUCUCCGUUCAAUUCGAUAAUAAUUUAGUCUACGUGUGGCCUGUGGCGACGUUUUUCGCUUUCGUAACUUUUACGCGGCUCUACGGUGUGAUUUGGCUCGUUACCUUUACGAGCGAAUAAUUCAGAAAAUAGGAUGAUUCAAAAAAUUCUGCCUACCUUGCAAGUAGCUUGUCACCGAUCGACAUGUACGUUUUGAUUUUUAGGGGAUUGCGUCAUUAAUUUUCUUUCUAUAUUUCGAUAUGUCUAUGUUGGAAGCUAACGUUUGAAGCUUGAUUCCUGAUACGAAAAAUGGUAGAGAAAAUUCCACUGCGAAAAACUAUUGCUCGACUGGACUUUCCAGCGAUCGUAGCCUUUGGCAAUCCCCUUCUGGAUAUCCUUGUAAUACUGAAGAACGAUGAGCUGAUGAAGAAGUACAAUCUCAAAAUAGAUGGUGAGACAGAGCUGUGUGAGAAGAAACUACAGGAGCUGAUCACGGAUCUGCCAUCAGAAAUAGAACAAUAUACAAACCCCGGAGGAUCUGCGCAGAAUACAUUGAGAAUUCUGCAGUGGCUCUGCGAUGAGACCCAUGAGUCCCAAAUUAGUAUUUUCUGUGGUGGCCUUGGGACCGAUCAAAGAGGUUCGAUCUUAGAAAAAUUAGUUCGACUCGCAGGAGUGGAUGCGAGAUACGCCAUACAUUCAACCUUGCCUACUGGAUUGUGCGUUUCUCUUGUGUGUGGUUCGUCCCGCAGCCUAAUUGCUAAUCUUGGCGCAGCUAGUGUAUUUACGUUGGACGAUCUGAAAAAGGCCAAUCUGCAAUUAGAUAGCAUAAAAAUAAUUUACAUUGAAGGGUACUUUGUAACGCAUAGCUUGGACGUAGCCAAGGAAUUGGUCAAGCGAGCGCAGGAAAAGAAUAUUAUCAUAGCGUUCAAUCUUAAUUCUUUCUAUAUAUUCCAGGAUCACCAAGCAGCCAUUUGCGAAAUGGUUGGCCACGCUAAGAUCGUAUUUGGCAACGCGAGGGAGAUGAUUGCAUUAGCACAAGCGCUGAACGUGAAAUACGACGAUGUCGCUGAUAUACCUUUUCUACUAAACAGCUUGAAGAGGAUCACGAUGGACGUUUCUAGCGCUAACAGUAAGGACUGGUUGGCCGACGAUGGUAUAUUCAUCAUGACGCGCGGUGGAGGCGCUCCAGCGAUUAUUGUAUGGGGCAGGGGACAAUCCGUACAGGUGCAGCCUAUCGUGCCUAAGACACCUAUCGUGGAUACAACGGGCGCCGGCGAUGCUCUGGUGGCUGGCUUCUUGGUUGGUGUCCUCGCUCAUUGGGAUCCGAAGAGUUGUUUAGAAUUAGGAUGUAAGGUCGCGUCCUACAUGAUAACUAGGCUUGGUGUCACUCUGCCGAACAGUGUGCCGCCCGAUUUUCUGUCCUAACAAUUUGAUUUGCCUAGGACUAAAUGACUAAUCGUUACCUGAUAAGGCGUAAUUGCACGGUUAUUUAUUGCUUAACAGUUCUGUUAGCGAAUAUUGUUGGCCAUAUAUAUAUAUAUAUAGAGAGAGAGAGAGAGCGAUAAGUAGCAUUCCUCGUCCAUGUUCCGUUAGAUACUUAUUUGAUUUUAUUUAAUAACAGUGUCGCGCCGCAAAGUGAUAUAGUAGAUUCGAGAAAGUUUUAUUUAUUGAUUAAAGACUACCGUCGCGUUGACUCGUUAGAUUGUACAUUUAUAAAUAUAGCUUUCGUGUUAUUAAUAUACAAAGUAACAGAGAGAGGUAUUAGAAAUUUCUCUGAUGAUUGUUGCCACUAUAGAUCUAUAGUUUAUCUGUGUUGCAGUGUCCAGAAUUGUGUAACAGAGUUUGUAAUUAACAAUUGUAUAAGUUUUUUUUAAUUUUUUUAUUAUAAAGUAUACAAUGAUGUGUCAAUGUUGUUUAUGUCAUAUAUAUAGAUAUAUAUAAAAUGUAUAUCAUAUACAAGGAUUUGUUAUAGAAGAUAUUCACAUUUGUUUUAUUUUAACAAUAUUCACCAUUGGCAUUCUGUAGAAAAAUAAUCUCUAUUUUUAAUCUUUUUUUUCUUUUGUAAGGGUGAUUUGAAGAGUAAUAUGGUUUGAUAUUAAAAUGUGACUACACUUUUAGUUU